GUUAUACUGCAGGCUGGCCUUGUAAUCAAUGGAACGUUCCAAGAAUGCAGUUGGUGUACGAGUUUUCUCAUCGGUAGUGCUAGUUGCAUUUCAGAGAAUAAUUUUACUGUGUGCAAACAUUAAAUGGAUGUUAAACUGCCAAAAUUUCCCAUAAUGUUUGAUUUUGAAACCAUGUAAUGAUUAAUGUGAUUUAUCUGGAAAAAAGGGAGUAAAUAAUAUAGCAAACCUGUGUAUUGUAAAGCCAAGAUAUUAUUUCCCGUCCUUGUCUUACAGUCAACAUAGCUGUCCUUAUCUACCGUCGUAAUGUGUUGACAUUGGGUAACUAGUGACUUUGAAGGCAAGUCUGCUGUAAAUUUUUACCACGCAACACACCUAUUCACAGAAGUCUCUCCUACCAUUAAAAAUGGGCUUGGGCUCUCAUAAAGAACAAAUCUGGUAGCAACUUCAUAGUUAACGUUUAUUUCAUCACAGGAGCUCUGACUGGAUUUGACCUCACUGGAGCUGGUGUGACUUAAGUGUAGGGACUGACGAGAUGAAUUCCACUGUGGACAGACCACCAAACCACCUUGACAGAGGAGGCAUCGACAGCAACAGCAAUAACAACAACAGCAGUGAAGACAGUGGAAACUCAGGUUCUCAGUAUGCACUGUGUGCCCUGGGGGUCGGGCUCGUCGCCCUCGGCAUUGUGAUGAUUGUGUGGAGCGUGGUACCUGCGGACACGGCCAGUAAUAGCAGCAGUUCAGGAGUACAUGGGGAAACUAAUAAAAGGAAAAAUAAAGUAUCUUCUGUGGCGUUUGUGUUGGUGGGGUCUGGGGUGGCCAUGCUGUUACUGUCCUUGUGUCUGGGAAUGAGGAACAAGCAGCGGGAACAGCUGAGGCUCCAGCAGUCCCAGAACCACAGAGGAGCUGCAGCCCGUCCGCAGGAGGAAAGAGAAACUGCUGAAGAACAAGCCCAGCGUUACGCUGUACCAACCUAUGAAGAGGCAGUAGGCAGUGGCCAGUACCCUGUCCGUCAGAGCAACUUACGCCCAAGCAUCUCCCAGCUACCUUCCUACGAUGACCUUGUCCAAGUAGAUGGUGUACAGUAUGAAACUGAGGGGUCAGAGGUCACAGCUGGAUCACAACCUACUCUGGCACCCGCUGCUCCAACUGUAGCCGCUUCUACAUCAAAUCGUAAGCGCAAGCUCCUCCCCAUCAAGAUCCGCAGGAUUAAAUCAGAGAAGCUGCACAUGAAAAGCAUUGAUAGCUCUCAGCCAGCAGCUGGAAUCAGUAUAGAACCACUUACACCACCGCCACAGUAUGAGGAUAAAGUGCCUCCAAUUUAAGACCACGCUGAUCACGUUCAAAACUGUGUACUGAAAUUCCUGGAAUUUAGGUGACUCCGAUCACCUUUUAUGGAUCCGGAUCUGCCUUGUACAUCCAAGACUUGAAGGUGGCUCUUUUUGGAGAAAACUCUCAGUGGCACUUUGUUACAGCCACAUCAUUCCUGCCACGCCACUCCAAAGCACUGUUUUGUUUAUUAAUUUAGGAUGUCACUGGAUCUCUCAAACAGAUCCAGACGGAUAGUGACGGAGAUAGCUGCUGGAUCCCUCUUUACCAUGACAGAAUUUGUCGCACUUUGACACUUUGGGUUUAAAGCAAACACCAAAUGCAGUUUUCCUACAUCAGCUGAGUUUUCUAUUACCAAUAUGCGUUAUCUUUAUGUAACUGACCCCACCCGUGCACUAACUGUAUGUGUUAGUGGAAGAGAUCAUAGGACAUCACUGAGUGGUUAGGGUGAGGAUUUGUUCGCACAGUUAAAUAGAUAUGUACAGGGUGCUCAUUUUCAAGUAUCAUUUCACACUGGGGAGCUUUGGAUUACUACUGCCAAUGAUUUACCAGAUGUAGGCUCCAUGCUGAGUGACUGAGGACUGCUUAUAUGUACAAUGCUGGAUUGACCUGAUGUGUUAUACACAGAAAAUCUCCCUCAGUGUCAACAGUAUUGUCUUGCCUUGUCUUUUGGAGCUUUUUGGUAAAUUGGACACAGUUUUGAUAAAUGUUGACUGGUGUUGGAGAGAGAGUCAUGUUAGUUUUCUUUUCACUAGCUUUCACUAGCUAGUUCAAAGGGUUUUCUUUAUCUUUCUCAUUAAAAAGAUGAAACAUG